GCGAGGAGGCGGAGCACGUGUUCAGUUUGCGCUUCUUGCGCGAGGCGCGUUCUUACCGGGGGAGCGCGUGAGUGACUAGGUUGUGUGGUUGUACGCGUGUGUGUGUUUGCAUUCCCUCGCGAGCGCAGCACACUUCCUUUCUUAAAUUCUUGUCCUAAAUUGCAGGCAGAGUACAAAAUUCGAUCAGUAGCGUAUUUUCUAGCGACUUGUUCCUCAACCAGCGAAAAUCAUGUCAGCCUCAGCGGCUAAAGUGAGUAAAAAGGAGCUGAACUCUAACCAUGACGGAGCGGAGGAGACCUCUGAGAAAGAGCAACAGGAAGCCAUCGAACACAUCGACGAAGUACAGAAUGAAAUUGACAGACUUAAUGAGCAAGCCAGUGAGGAAAUAUUGAAAGUUGAACAGAAAUACAACAAACUCCGCCAGCCAUUCUUUCAGAAGAGGUCAGAACUGAUCGCCAAAAUCCCCAACUUCUGGGUCACAACUUUCGUCAACCACCCUCAAGUCUCUGCUCUUCUUGGUGAGGAAGACGAGGAGGCCCUUCAUUAUCUGACCCGGGUGGAGGUGACGGAGUUCGAAGACAUCAAGUCAGGAUACAGAAUAGAUUUUUACUUCGAUGAAAAUCAGUACUUUGACAACAAAGUUCUUUCCAAAGAGUUCCACCUGAACGAGAGUGGGGACCCGACUUCAAAGUCAACAGAAAUCAAAUGGAAAUCAGGAAAGGACCUCACAAGUCGGUCUGGGCAGACGCAGAACAAGGCCGGCAGGAAGAGGCAACACGAGGAACCCGAGAGCUUCUUCACCUGGUUCACCGACCAUUCCGACUCAGGGGCCGACGAGCUUGGCGAGGUCAUCAAGGAUGACAUUUGGCCCAAUCCCCUGCAGUACUACCUG